AUGGAGAUGGACAUACCUCAACAGGCCAGUUGGAUGGUGAGGAAGAUCAUAGAGGCAAGAGAGAUAAUGCAGCAACUGCCUACAGCUUAUCUCAAUCAGAGUAGUAUCAAGCAGAUAUACCUAGGCAUGCUGGGAAAUCAUAGCAAGGUGACUUGGAGAACUUUAAUGUUUCACAAUGAAGCUAGACCUAAGGCAAGAUUUACAAUGUGGAUGCAAUGUCAUGGUAGAUUAAUGACAGCAGAUAGGCUUGCAAAUUGGGGAAUACAAAUAAGUACAAGGUGCUGCUUAUGCAAUGAAGCAGAUGAAUCCCACACACAUUUGUUUUGUGAAUGCAGUUUUACCAAAGCAGUACGGGGAAGACUUAUGCAAUGGCUUCGAAUCCAGGUGAGUCCCAAUCACACUUAUACACAGAUGAUGGCAUGGAUAACAACACAAGCUAAGGGGAAGUCAUGUGCAGCUAGAGUAAUGAAAAUGGUAUAUGCAGAACAUAUCUAUGGAAUAUGGAGGGAGAGAAAUAGUAGAAUAUUUGAAGAGAUAAGCAGGACUACAGAACAAGUAGCAAGAGAAGUGGCAUGUGUAUGUAAUGCUAGAGCUCAAGGAGGAAUGAGGGCAAAAUUGCAGCAGCUUAUGUUCUGA